AAAACAUCUGAUCUUUGUUUACAAACUGACAAGUGCCGCUAGAUCAUUGAUGUGGUCGCGCGGAAAUUUUUUUCUCUUCUGAUAUAUCUUUUUCGCUUACAAUGACAUCAAUUGCAUCAGUUAACCAAGCUUCAGACAAUGCUGAAAAAAUUGUCAUUGACGAUAAAGUAAAAGCUGAAGGAAAUGAAUCUUUGACGGUUGUCAUGUCUUUGAGCGUCAAGUGGAAUGGAGCUUUAUUUCCUAUCGAUAUUUACGAAGGGAUGACCGUUUCUGAAUUCAAAGAAGAAAUACAAACACAAACCAAAGUUCGUCCUGAAAAACAAAAGCUUAUAAAUCUCAAAGCCAAAGGAAAACCUGCUUCUGAGAGCAUGCUGAUGACGGGCUUGGGACUGAAGAAUGGCGCUAAGAUCAUGAUGGUUGGCAGCAUAGAUGAAGACUUGGUUGCAGCAACAACAGUCCCUGAUGAGUUGCCUGAAGUUGUUAAUGACUUGGACAUUGCCGAGGAUAAGCUGCUUUCUGUGCACCAGCGUCAAGAUUACAUAGAAAAGAUAGAGAAGCGGGUGAGAGAGUACGAGCUGAAGGUGCUGAACCCCAUGCGGCCGGGCAAGAAGCUGCUGGUGCUCGACAUCGACUACACUCUCUUCGACCACCGCAGCGUCGGCCAGAAUGGCCUCGAGCUUAUGAGGCCUUAUCUGCACGAGUUCCUGCUCAGCGCUUACCAGGACUACGACAUCGCGAUCUGGUCGGCGACGAGCAUGAAGUGGAUCCAGGAGAAGAUGAAGCUGCUCGGCGUCUCUACGAACCCCAACUACAAGAUCGUCUUCUACGUCGACUCCCUGGCCAUGAUACGCAUCGAGGCGCCCGACUACGGCGUCGUAGAGGUGAAGCCGCUGGCCGUAAUCUGGGGCAAGCACCGGCACUACCACGCGGGCAACACGGUCAUGCUGGACGACCUGCGCCGCAACUUCCUGAUGAACCCUCAGAACGGCCUCAAGAUCCGCCCCUUCAGGAGGGCCCACGAGAACAGGGGCACUGACCGCGAGCUCCUCAAGCUCGCAGGAUACCUGCAGGAUAUUGCCCAGCUCGACGACCUCAGCGCCCUCAGACACAGUCGCUGGGAGUCCUAUAGGCCGGGGGGAUACUGAGGGAGGGUGCGUAGGCCGGGGGGAUACUGAGGGAGGGCACGUAGGACUGGAGGAUACUGAGGGAGGGCACGUAGGCCUGGAGGAUACUGAGGGAGGGUCCUAUAGACCUGGGGAAUACUGAGGGAGGAUACAUAGGGCAGGAGGAUACUAAUGGAGGGUACGUAGGACCGGAGGAUACUGGGGGAGGGUAUGUAGGGAGGGUCCUAUAGGCCUGGAGGAUACUGAGGGAGGAUACUGAUGGAGGGUCCUAUAGGCCUGGAGGAUACUGAGGGAGGAUACUGAUGGAGGGUCCUAUAGGCCAGGAGGAUACUGAUGGAGGUUACAUAGGGAGGGUCCUUUUGGCCAGGAGGAUACUGAUGGAGAGUCCUAUGGGUCUGGCAAUAAGCGUAUCAGUGCUACGUGAUGUAAGAGAGUGCGUCACAAAGAGGACAAAAUAUCCCACUCAUUUCUCUGGUUGAACGAUGCCUGAACUUAGCUAAGGGAUUGUAAGUCUCACUGUGUAACUUUGUUUAUGCAGCUAUGGUUUAAAUUUUAUAACAAUAUAAUUUAAAUUACGAU